UACAAAAUAUUCAAAAUUACCUGCUUCACUUGUUCCCUUCUCCUAAUCCUAUUCGCUCUGUUCUUCGCAUUCAAAAUGGAGCCGCAGUUCGAAAAACUUAUAAAAGCUGGUAAAAAUUCCAUAGACGGUGUCAUACAGUGGAUGAAAGAUGCAAAAAUCAUAGACGGUGUAAAACUAACUGAAGAGAAAGCGCGUGACGUAUUCAAGGAUGUUACAGACCCUAACAACAUUAAUAUUGACACGUUCAAGGAGGGUCUCACUAAACUGGCAACACAGCAGCAGCAGAACUUCGAGGAGUUUACUAAGACCCUCACCACAGAAGCACCGAGGUUCCUAGAAGCACUGCAAGCCGGUGCUAGCGCUUUCAAAAAUGCUUUAUCAAGAAAGUGA